UGGAUUUAAGGUUCUUGUAUGCAGUGGAUCCUGUUCCUUCUUCUUGCCUCUGCACCCGAAGCUGAGCACGGUGGAAUAAAGAAGCUGGCGGGUGCAGAGGCCUGGUGUGGGCUGUCUGUCUUUUAUCUGUUCCUACGUUCAAACUGGGACGGAAAGGGAUUGUAUGCUUUCGGUUCUUCUGGAGACCAAAGAACCAGGUAAAGGAAUAUUUUUAUGAGGCACAUGUUCAUAAAGAUGGGCCAGGACCAAACAAAGCAGCAGAUUGAGAAAGGGCUCAAGCUUUACCAGUCAAAUGAGACAGACAAAGCUCUACACGUCUGGAUGAAGGUUCUGGAGAAGACCACGGAUCCUGGGGGCAAGUUCAGGGCUUUAGGUUGCCUGAUCACAGCACAUUCAGAGAUGGGGAAAUACAAAGAGAUGCUAAAGUAUGCCCUAGCUCAGAUUGACACAGCCCGAGAGAUGGAGGACCCAGACUACCUAACCGAAGGUUACCUGAACCUGGCCCGCAGCAACGAGAAGCUCUGCGACUUUCAGAAGACCAUUUCAUACUGCAAGACCUGCUUAAACAUGCAAGGCACUACUGUGAGCCUGCAGCUCAAUGGCCAAGUGUGUUUGAGCAUGGGCAAUGCCUUCCUGGGCCUCAGUGUCUUUCAGAAAGCCUUGGAGAGUUACGAGAAGGCCCUGCGUUAUGCACACAAUAACGAUGAUAAGAUGCUGGAGUGCAGGGUGUGCUGCAGCCUGGGCAGCUUCUACAUUCAGUUAAAGGAUUAUGAGAAGGCCCUGUUUUUUCCAUGCAAAGCCGCUGAACUUGUCAAUGACUAUGGAAAAAGCUGGAGUCUCAAGUACCGUGCCAUGAGCCAGUACCACAUGUCAGUGGCCUACAGGAAGCUGGAGCGUCUGCCAGAUGCCAUGGAAUGCUGUGAGGAAUCAAUGAAGAUAGCCCUGCAGCAUGGAGAUCGUCCUCUGCAAGCCAUGUGUCUCCUGAAUUUUGCAGAUAUUCAUCGCUGCCGCAAUGAUGUCGAUAAAGCAUUCCCUCGCUACGAGUCUUCAAUGUGUAUAAUGACAGAGAUUGGCAACCGCCUUGGACAAACAGCCAUCCACUUAGGAGUGGGGAAGUGUUGGCUACUGCAGAAGCAGCUUGACAAGGCGCUGGAUUCUUUUCAGCGAGCAUAUGAACUAGCAGAUGGAAUAGGAAACAAGCUGUGUUCUCUGAAGGUACACUGCCUGUCAGAGGGCAUCUACCGUAGCAGGGAGCAGCAGGCUGAGCUCCGAGAGCAGGUGGUGAAGUUCCUGCAAUGUGUAGAAGAGCUGGAGCUCUACUGUGGCAUGUGUGGCGAGUCAAUCGGGGAGAGGAACCAGCAGCUCCAGGCUUUGCCUUGCUCCCACAUCUUUCACCUCAAGUGCCUGCAAACGAACGGGACGCAGGGAUGCCCAAAAUGUCACCGUGCAUCCAUGAAGCCAGGUUUUGUAUGA